CCGCGCCAUCCUCCUCCUCCUCCUCGUCCUCCUCCUCGCCAUUUUCCACCUUCGUCAUCCAACUGCAUCCUGUUCCCAUUGUCUAGAACCCCUACUCCAAGAUGGCCUCUUCGAACCCGACCUUGAUUUUCUGCCCUGGGGCUUGGUAUCCGCCCACAGCCUUUGAGCCCCUGGCCGCCCAGUUCCCCGACCACACUACCCAUCUCGUUGCCUUCCCCUCCAUUCAACAGGCCACCACCGUUCAAGACCUGCAGCCUGAUAUUGACACACUCCGCAAUCUGGUCGAACAGGAGGCCAAUGCGGGUAAGGAGGUGGUGGUCAUCUCACACAGCUGGUCCGGGUUACCCGUGAACAGCGCGCUGGACGGCCUCAGCACGGCCGAGCGACAAGCCGCCGGCGCGACCGGCGGAGUGACCAAAUUGAUCUUCAUCUCGGCAUUUAUCCCCGAGGUCGGCGAGAGUCUUAUCGGAGCCUUUGGCGGAGUGGCUCCCGACUGGUAUGACCGCGAUGAAGCCAACGGCACCGUCAGCGCCGUCGAUCCCUACCGCCUCUUCUUCCACGACGUCGCCGACGGCGAGAAGUGGGCCCAGACGCUGCGUCCGCACGCCUGGGCGACCAAGAACUCGCCUGCCCGCAGCACCGCCUACACCCAAAUCCCCAGCGCCUAUCUGCUGUGCGAGCACGACCGCGCCAUUCCCUUGUUUGUGCAGCAGUUGAUGGUAGACAAGGCCCGCGCCAAGGGGGCGAAAGUCACCACCGACACCGUUCCCACAGGUCAUUCCCCAUGGCUGGUCGAUCCUGUCCCGGUGGCUGCGUUUGUGAAACAGAACCUGGCGUGAGGGGUCCGUCGAGCUAACGGCAUCGAUGUACUAUCAUAAAAGAAUAUUUAUCCUGUAGAUACAAACGAAUGAACUGAUAUCAAC